AUGAGUUCUGUAACCAAUCAUACUGAAAAUAAUAACAGUAAUGUGGAGCAUGGAAAUAUCAAGCAACAAUUAAAGCGACGAAAGCGACGCACCAUAUUUUCGCAGUCGCAGGUAGCUAUUUUGGAGAGACGAUUUGAGCAGCAAAAUUAUAUGAGUGUAGAUGAGAGGGAACAACUAGCAAUGAUAUUAGAUCUUACAACGAAUCAGAUUAAAAUUUGGUUCCAAAAUCGACGCUACAAAUCAAGAAGAUUGAAAUUCAAUAAAAACAUUCGAAAUGCUUCAUCACCAUAA